GUUGGAGAUAACCUCAGUGAGUACUGACCCACAGGUCGGUAAGAUAGCGUUUAUAAACUAAAAAAGCGUGAAAGCGUCAGAUUGCGAGUAUGAUUUUGGAUACUUUAUUAGGCCUGUUAACAUGUUUAGUGUUACUAUUGUCCUGUGCUGGACGUGUAAUGGCCUCUAUAUGUGUUUGCACACCCAGCCAUGAAGCAACACCAGUGUACGGAACAUCAGAUUCGUUGUCCGAAAUAGUUGGUCAUAUCAGUACAAAAACGUGUUUGCAUGGUGAAUUGGUAAAGGGAAAGGAUUGGCUUUUGUUGUUAGGCAGUUCGGACUAUUAUAUCAAAAUACAGAAACUGAUAGCUUGCCCAAAUGACCGAGAAGAAAUUGAACCAAUCAUAAUCAGGAUGCCAAAGGGAACCGAAGCCAACCACAACACUGACCAUAAGCGUUUUCUGCUCGACAGUCUCAAUCAAGCGCAGUGUAACUUCGAUGUCAACUCGUUGUGCUCGUGGCGUAACGUGCACGGUCUCGAUGACUUUGAUUGGGUUUUGUAUCGAUCAUCAACACCCACGGACGACACUGGGCCAGACUUCGAUCAUACAACACGCAAUUACUCUGGAUCGUACAUAUUCACAGAGUCAAGUGCUCCGCGAAACUUGUUGGAUACCGCUUGGAUUCAAAGUCCUACGAUUGAUGUGACUUUAAACCCCCUGCAUUGUUUCCGGUUCUGGUACCACAUGUAUGGCUCUUCGAUAGGUCGACUUAACGUCUACCAAGUAACCAACGGUGGGUUACCUGGCAAGGUUGUUUGGUCUCUUACUGGCGACCAAGGAAACUCGUGGAAAGAAGGACAAGUGCCUCUAAAUUCGAAUCAAAGUUAUUCGAUUCUCCUUAGUGGGGUAAUAGGCAAUGGCUUUCAAGGUGACAUUGCUGUAGAUGACAUUAAUGUGUCGGUUGGUUAUUGCGAAGUCAAACCAUCCAGCGCCUCAAGGACUGACGUCACAAACACCACAACAACAACCGUGGGCGGGUUUUGGGUGCUGUGGAAUCCCUGGACAUCUUGUAGCGUCACCUGCGGUGGAGGCAGCAGAAACCGUACUCGGGAAUGCAGUUCCCAAAUUCCUCAACAUGGAGCAUACUGUGUUGGAAACGAUACAGAUACUGGGUCAUGCAACACGCACCUUUGUCCAGUCAACGGUCACUGGAGUGCGUGGGGUUCAUGGACAGCAUGUUCUGUGAGCUGUGACGUCGGACAACACACCAGGAACAGAACUUGUGCGUACGACAAAGUGGCGCCACAUGGGGCAAGAUGUUCUGGUCUAGACCGCGAGGUGUCGUUCUGCUUACUAUCUUCCUGUCCACCCCUAACCCAUCCACAAACAACGUCUACGACAGCCCUAACCCAGCCUCAAACAACGUCUACGACAGCCCUAAACCAGCCUCAAACAACGACAAAAUCUCCCGUUCCUCUUGGAUGGGGCGAGUGGGGACCUAACAUAUGCCUGGAAACCCAGGCUAAUAUACAGGGGACUAGGUCUCAUUGGAGAACGUGUUACAAUCCGACUGAUAAGCCUGGGAUCGGUUGUUAUGACGGCGAUGUUCAAGAGGAAAUCGCAACUCGACAAUUCUGUUAUGGAGGAGUUGGGAUUCCGUGUCAACAGGCUGAAAAUGUGCGAAUAAUAGCAAGCAGUCAACUGUCGCUUGGAGGCAAAGUUACGUUACAAUGUAUCGCCGAUGGUGACCCAACGCCGCACGUAAAAUGGAGCACACCGAAAGGGACCAUCUGGUCAAGGCGCAAUCUUGUCAUAGAUGGUGUGACAAAGGCGGACGAGGGUGAGUACGUCUGCCACGCAUCCAACCUUUGUCGCUAUGGAACAGACAUUAAAGACAUCGAGACGAGGAAAUAUAUCAGUGUCGUUUAGCCUAGCGUAACAACUGUUUCCGCAACUGUCUCCAUAUUAUGUAUUUAUUGAGUAUCUUUGUAAAGAAUUAAAAACAUACAUAUUGAAAAAGAAA